AUGGUCAGCUCAGAACCCAGAAUCCGCUCCGCAGCGCUGGCGCGCGAUACGAAUGAGACGAAAAUCAUACUGGCCAUCAAUUUAGACGGCGGAGAGUUCCCAGCAGACACCGAUAAGAGGCUGUUGAAUGGCGCAGAUGGACAUGCAAGCCAGGCCUCCAAGAGCCAGACUAUUGCGAUAAAUUCUGGCAUUGGGUUUUUGGAUCAUAUGCUGCAUGCGCUAGCUAAACAUGCGGGGUGGAGUUUGGCAUUGGAGUGCAAGGGGGAUUUACACAUCGACGAUCACCACACAGCCGAAGACGUCUGCCUCGCACUUGGCGGAGCCUUCAAAGACGCACUCGGAACUCCUACCGGCCUUGCACGAUUCGGCUCUGCCUACGCUCCCCUAGACGAAGCACUCUCCCGCGCCGUGGUCGACCUGUCGAAUCGACCGUUCAGUGUGAUAGAGCUGGGACUGAAGAGAGAAAAGAUAGGAGAUCUGAGCUGUGAGAUGAUCCCGCAUUGUAUGCAGAGCUUUGCGCAGGCGGCGCGGGUCACGAUGCAUGUUGAUUGUAUACGGGGGGAUAAUGAUCAUCAUCGGGCGGAGAGCGCGUUCAAGGCGUUGGCGGUAGCAAUUAGGAUGGCUACGAGUAGGGUUGCGGGGCGCGAGGGGGAGAUUCCUAGUACGAAGGGGACGUUGAGUACAUGA